AUGCCCUCCAGCCGCCAAGCUGUAUUCGCCCCGAAUGCACCAAAGGCCAACGGGAAGUACAGCCAUGCCAUCAAAUCAAGCAAUGGAACGCUCUAUCUUGCUGGUUGGAUGGGUGACGAUCCUGAGACCGGCGAAAUAGUCCCUGGUGGGAUUGAAGCACAGACAGAGAGGGCGAUCAUGAACAUCAAAGCAUGUCUCGAAGCUGCGGGCUCCUCGUUGGACAAGGUGAUGACUCGAAGAAUCUAUAUCAUUCCGAUGCAGGAUUUCCGCAAAUCUGUUGCUGUGUGGGAUAGAUUCUUUGAGGAGCCGUAUCCCGUAUCUACCUUGAUCGGUGUUACAGCCCUGGCCAAGGAGGGAGCUCUGGUGGAGUUCGAGGUAGUUGCCGAACAAUAA